UCAAGUGAGACCGUCCAAUCAGAAAAGAGGAUUCCAGGAAGGAAGUGUCACCCAUUCAAGACAGUUGUUUUGCAACAACAAGAGAAGAACUUCCUUAUAAUCGGCGCAUGUGUUUCCUCGUACGAACCAAAUGCUUUUUCGCGAAGUCUGCAGGGAGAUUUAGAGAAAGAAAGAAAAGCUCAAGAUGGGAUACAUGACAGUAGAAGAGCACAGCUUCACUGUGCUCCACCUGAAGAGAUCCCCGGGCAUCCGUUCCUGGUCUCUACUUGUUGGUAUAGCGUCUAUUGGAUUGGCAGCUGCAUACUACAGCUCAGACAGCUUCUUGUGGAAGCUUUUCUAUGUGGCGGGCUGUCUGUUUGUAGCCAUGCAGAACAUGGAGGAGUGGGAGGAAGCUGUGUUUGACAAAACCAAGAACCUGAUUGAGCUCAAGAGCUUUAGCUUGUACGCUUUAGUCUUGACGUUAUGGAGGAAGGGGCACGAGAAAGUGGUGUUGGAUCUGACACAGCUGUGUGACGUGUGCGUCCAGGAGGAGAAGGUUCGCUAUUUGGGGAAGGGCUACCUGCUGAUGCUGCGGCUGGCUGCAGGCUUCUCCUACCCCCUGACUCAGAGUGCCACACUGGGUGGACGCAGUGAUGUGGAGGCAGUGGCUGCAUUGCUGAAGCGCUUCCUAGGGCUGGAGGAGCUGCAGCAACGCAGGCAGCAAGAGGAAGAGGCAGAGUAUGGAGAGGUGGAGAACGAGGAGGAGGAUUCUUUGGACAACAGCAGUGAUUCAGAUGACGAAGGAGAAGAAGAAGACGAAGAACACUAAUCUCUCUCUGUCACUUGCAGAGGUGGACUGAAACAGGGCAUUGCCAUGGCAUUACAGAGGCUGCAGUUUUAGUCACAUGUUUUACUGUUAGCAUGUGCAUGUAACACCAAGGGUGUAUCCCCUUUUAGUGUUUUUGUUUAUAUGUCAGGUGGGAUUUUAAAUUUUUUUUUAAAUCUUCAUGUGGGAUAUCAUGCAAAUGUUUCAUAGUGUAGCCAAACUUUUCUAAAACAGCUACUUGAAAUACAGAUAUGAGACCUUUUCUUUCACUGUACUGUCAACAUAGCUCAUUUUAAAUGAAUUACCCUCUUUGAGCUAAUUACUGUUUGAGAAUACACUCCAGAUUACAGAUUUACUGUGCCUUCCUACUGAACUCUAAUAAGCGUUUAUGUGUGUAAGUCAAUGGAAAGUGCUCUUCCCACAGUUUUCUGAACCACCCAGUUGAUAAUCACCUUUUUGCAUGUUUGUUCGUACCCAGAUGAAUCCAUGUGCAAACUAUAAUCAGGCAUGAAGGAUUUUUAUGGCUCAAUUAAGAGUGAAUUGUGUGUGAAAUGCUUCGCUGCUCUGUCUCUUAACGUUGAAGUACUUUUUGUGGACCAAAGACUGAAUCUCAGGCUAACUCUUUGCUGCUUUGGUCAAACUGGAAUCAGAGCUUUGUAAUGGCUGACGGCAAAUGUCUGCAUGUUCUGUUCUGCUUGAAAGAAAAUUAGAAGAUAUUUUUUUUGUUGGUUGAUUUUUUUAUUGUCUUUGUUACUUUGACCCAUUUGUAGGAAUUAUAUAAAGUUGUUUUAUAUGUAAACCCAAA